AUAUUAAGUACCAAACUACCAACAAAUAAUAUACAGAGCCUUAGCCACGUUCACCUUCAGAUUUCUCGGAUUUUUCCGGUUUGUCCAGAAAUGGCUUCUCUCACCCUUCAAUCAUUUUUCUCUCCUCCAUUGUUGUCACCCUCUACCUCUUCUACGAAAUUUUUUCGUUGCUCAAACCUUCUUCCUUCCUUCUCAAUCCGAGCUUGUUCAGCUCCCUCUUCUUCUUCGCAAUUGAUUCCCAAAGUUGUAGUUACCAGAGAACGUGGAAAAAACGGCAAGCUCAUCAAUGCUUUGGAAAAACAUGGCAUUCAAUGCUUGGAGUUUCCUCUUAUUGAACAUGCACAGGGACCUGAUUUAGAUAAACUUCACGUUACUUUAAUUGACUCUAAAUUUGAGUGGAUAAUUAUCACUUCUCCUGAGGCAGGGUUAGUAUUUCUCGAAGCAUGGAGAGCAGCUGGAUCACCAAAAGUAAAAGUAGGAGUAGUUGGUGCUGGUACAGCCAGUGUAUUCAAAGAUGUGGUGCAGUCAUCAAAUUCCCUUGAAGUCGCAUUUACUCCAUCAAAAGCAACGGCUAAGGUUCUGGCAUCUGAACUUCCGAGGCACGGAGAUGAUAAAUGUAGGGUCUUAUAUCCAGCAUCAGUAAAAGCUAGCAGUGAGAUUGAGGUGGGUCUUUCAACACGGGGAUUCGAUGUGACCAGGCUAAAUACCUAUACAACGGUGGCUGUUCAACAUGUUGAUCCUCUGCUCCUAGAAAAAGCUUUUGCUGCUCCUGUCAUUGCAGUUGCUUCCCCUUCUGCUAUUCGAGCUUGGCUGAAAUUUAUCCCUUCUGCGGGGCAGUGGAAUAAUGCGGUUGCUUGCAUUGGCGAGACAACUGGUUUGGCUGCCAAAAACUUUGGCCUGCAAAAUAUCUAUUAUCCGCUUAACCCUGGACUUGAUGGAUGGGUGGACAGCAUUCUUGAUGCCCUAAAGGUGCAUGAUCAUGUCCAAAAGGCAGUGACGGGCUAAAGAGCUAUUUUACCGAUAUAGCCAUUAUGAUCUAAAAUCAUUCUCAAAGUUUCUUGCAGAUUUGCUAUAAUAGAAGUUAAAGAGCAGCCUCUACUUUGUCAUGCAUAGAGGAGAGCAUAUCUGGUUUCUUUGAUUCCUCUGGUUUGGCUAUCCAACUGAUCAAAUAGAUAAGGCUUUUCUGAUGGCUCGUCAAAUUUGAUGUCAUAGAGAUUUUCUUCCUAGCUAAUUUAGGCUGGUGAUAGAGAGCUGUAUGUCAGUAUUCUUCACACGUGAAUGUACUCUACAAACCCAAGAUGUACGAGUACGGAAAUCUGUAUAGAUGUAGAAAACAUUCUCAAUCCGUGAUAAAAUCAGAAUUGUAAAUUAGACGGUCUCAUGUCACCUCUAAUGGCAAUACGUGAGUAUUACCCCUAAUAAGGGUGACAAUCAAGGGAAAAUUCUAGGUGGUAAUCUCCAGGUUUCACAAGUUCUAGAUGGUGGAAAAAUAAAAACGAUAGUUUUAAAA